GGGUCUUUCGAGUAGAUGUUUCAAGUUUGCAGGCUAAACCUGUGUUUAAAGUUAGUGUAAAUGUCGUUACAGCUGAGGCAGCGUUAGCACUAGCUAGAUGUGCUGAACUUUAACUCAAACAAACAACAGCAAACAACUACCUUUUAUGCUACAGUAAUUGCGACAACAUUAUUGAACGCCAACUGCUCGUUUGGAGAUGUCAUCUUUGUGUGGAACCAGCAGUGGCCUCCAGGAUGCAGGUCAAGAGACCACAGAAAAACAGGAGAAGGAGCAUCCUCGUGUACUUAUUCCUGAGUUAUGUCGUCUCUUCUACCAGUUGGGAUGGGUGACGGGGACGGGUGGAGGGAUCAGCCUCAGGCGAGGAGAGAAGAUCUACAUCACACCAUCAGGUGUCCAGAAAGAGAGAAUGCAGCCAGAAGACCUGUUUGUGUGCGACAUGGAGGAGAAGAACAUCAGCUGCCCACCUGCAUGGAAGAAGUUAAAGAAAAGCCAGUGUACACCACUUUUUAUGAACGCGUAUACCAUGAGAGGGGCACAGGCAGUUAUACACACACACUCCAAGGCUGCUGUCAUGGCAACACUGCUGUAUCCUGGCAAAGAGUUCAGGAUAACACACCAGGAGAUGAUCAAGGGCAUUCGUAAGGAGACCUCAGGCACCAACUAUCGGUAUGAUGAAACCCUGGUUGUACCCAUUAUUGAAAAUACACCAGAGGAGGAGGACUUGAGAGACAGAAUGGCUUGGGCUAUGGAGGAAUACCCAGAUUCAUGUGCAGUCCUCGUCCGCCGACAUGGUCUUUAUGUCUGGGGCGAGUCAUGGGAAAAGGCCAAGGGCAUGUGUGAAUGCUACGACUACCUGUUUGACAUCGCCUUUAAGAUGAAGCAGUGUGGACUGGACCCUUCAGCCCUCCCAAUGGAAGAAAAAGGAAUAUUCUGACAUUCUUUUUAAAGAGAUAUUUUUGCAGAAAGGUCAGUGGAGUUCAAUCAGGAGGGCAGAUUGUAAUCAUUUGCCUUUCAUGCUGGCCUGCUUCAAAUUUGAUGACAUUUGAUGGUAUGGCAGAUUGAAGGAGAAUGAAUUGCCUGUGAUCCGGAAGCACCUGGAGACAUGCUGCAAAGCACUGUGGGACAACUCAUUAGUGAGCAGCUGGCAAAUCAACGUCCUCAGGUUCCAGUGCUUUGGUAUUGAAGUUUGACCGUACUCGAAUCAAGGCCUUGAUGUGGGUCAGGCGUGAACAUACUGUACAACUCUAAUGAUCUGUAAUGGUGAGGAACUGCUUUUGCUUGAGUCAUCAAUAAAAACUGAAUGAAUGUAAAUUA